GGGCCCGGGCCAGCCACGCGCGCGGCCCGCAGGCUGCGGCAGGAUGCGGGCCACGCGGAAGCGGCUCUGCUCCGCGCUGCUGGCCGCCUACGUGCUCUUCUCCCUCUACGCGGCCUACAGCGUCUUCCUGCGGCCGCGGCGGUCGCCCGCCUCCCGGAGCGGCGCCCGGCAGCCGCGGCUCGGCAGAGAACGCUCUUCUUUGGGAAAUGAAGAAUGGAAUCCCUGGGAAGGAGAUGAAAAAAAUGAGCAGAUUGUUUCACAGCAGAGAUAUGAAACUAAUCUUCAAAUGUUAAAAAAUAUGAAAUCCCAGCAAAAACAAACAGACCUUAAAGUGCAGAUCUGGGGUAAAGCAGCUAUUGGUCUUUACCUCUGGCAACAUAUUCUUGAAGGUCUGCUUGAACCUGCUGAUGUGACUGCGCAGUGGAGAGAAGGAAGCAUAAAGGAAGGAAAAACACAUUUCAGUUUCAUCACUGGUCCAGCCGUAGUCCCGGGAUACUUUUCAGUAGAAGCUGAUAAUGUGGUUCUAGUUCUGAAUGGAAGAGAGGAAGCAAAGAUCACUUACGCCACUCAGUGGUUGCAUUAUGCACAAACUUUAAUACAAACUCGCAAGCUGAGGCAUGUUGCCAUUGUGCUGCUUGGAAGUGAACAGUGUAACAAUGAAUGGAUUCACCCAUACCUGAAACGACAUGGAGGAUUUGUGGAACUACUUUUUGUGGUAUAUGACUGUACCUGGGUAAACGAAGAAGAUAUUUUCCAGUGGCCUUUAGGAGUAGCUACAUACAGGAAUUUCCCCAUUGUAGAGCCCAACUGGUCAAUGCUACGUUCUCCAAGAUCAUAUCUAUGUAAUUUUUUAGGAACUGUGUAUAAGAAUUCAUCUAGGGAGAACCUAAUGGAAGUUUUGAAACAAGACGGGCUUGAUAAACUCUGUUGGAUUGCAGCCAGAGAACAGUGGCAGCCUCAAGAAACAAAUGAAAGUUUUAGAAUCUAUCAAAAUGCAUUGCUGCAGAGUGAUCUCACAUUGUGCCCAGUGGGAGUAAAUACAGAAUGCUACAGAAUUUAUGAAGCUUGUUCAUAUGGCUCUGUUCCUGUUGUAGAAGAUGUAAUGACACCAGGCAAGUGUGGAAAUUCAUCUAUAUACCACAGUGCUCCAUUGCAAUUACUAAAGACCACGGGGGCUCCAUUUAUCUUUAUUAAAAACUGGGAAGAACUUCCUGCUGUUUUAGAAAAAGAGAAAAAUAUGAGCUUACAAGAAAAGAUUCAAAGGAGAAAAAAGCUUAUAGAAUGGUACCGGCACUUCAAAGCACAAAUGAGACAUAAAUUUAUUAAUAUCUUGGAAAAUUCAUUUUUACCAAAUGCUAAAGGAGGUUAAUUGCCCCCUUUGAAAGUCAAAAAUAGAUCAAAAGUUUAAUUUUCACUGACCUUCAAGUCAGAUUUUAUGUAAAAAUAAAAAAUAAAUGAACCACUUCCAGUGCAGGUGCAAUUUCUUUGAAGUCAGUAGAGUUGCACCAGCUUAUCCAGGGCUGAUUUUCACCCUUCUUUCCUAAAUUACGUUCAGAGAGGAUGCAGUCUUACAGGAUAGUAGUCUGGAUGGAUGACAUCUAUUUUAUUAUUAUUUUUUGCAAUGACUAUCUCUCAUUCUUAGCAAGUCAAUACUUCUGUGUUUUAAUCUAGAUAUGGAAGCAUUUCAGCAAAUACAUCACCCAAAGAUAAAUGUUUCACAAAAAGCAUAAUAAGUGGUCGCUCCCCUUCACUGAUAUUUAUACCUUAAGCAUUCUUUCCUGAAAGUCUCCUGCUAUCAUAUUUCCUUAUUUUAAAAUAUAACUCUAUUAUAGUUUUCUUUAACUGAGGAAAAAGAGAACUAUAGUCAAGCAGGUCUUGAAUGACAGAACUUUUAACAAUAUUCUAAUAAAGUCUUUAAACUAUUGCAGAUGACGAGAGCUCUUUUCUCCCCCUCCUAUUUUUGGCAGGUACAAAAUGAAGCCAUUUAAUAAUUUGGGCUCCUCCUAUUUGUCUAGUGUCUUAGGGGGAGAUGUUAUGUAUUGAAAAAUUUAAUUUCUGUGAAGUUUCCUCUCCAAAACUGGCCGUUGAUAGAUGGAAUAUUCCCUGCUACCCCACUCAUCCUCACCACUGCCCACUUCUUUGACUAGCUUCCUACCAUAUACUAAAAGUAUCUCCAACAAUCCUGGAAUAAAUGGUCAUUAAAUCUUUUUCAUCCAAAACACUUCUGUAAAGGAACAUCCUCAUAUUUUAAAUGUGUCUAAGCUCCUUACCCAUCCCUGUCCCACCAAAAAGUAACAGUUUACCUUUUAUUGAAAGUUUUUCCCUUUAAUGUUUUGGUGAUUGUGUAUGAUGUUGUCAGAGUAUGAGUACAGUGUGUGAAGAUGCAUUUGGGCAACAUUUUUAACAAAAACAGAGACCCACUUGUUCAGAUACAGUUAUAAACACAAUUGUGCUUCUAUCGUAUAGCUUUGAGGCCAAGAAUUUAGAAAGAUUCAAAAAGGGAUUGAGAGUAAAAAUGUUCAAAUGUGCCAGCAUAAUCUAAGAGCCUGCUUCCCAUAUCCUUGCUCUUCCAUCUGAAGCAUCUGGUUCUAACCACUGUCAGAGACAGAACACUGGACUUAGUGGACCACCAGUCUUCUCUAGUGAGGCAAUUCUUGCAUUUUUGCAUUUGUUUGUGAUUGCACCUACAUGUGGCUAUUUAAGGUUUUGUUUUUAAUUCAGUUCUACUGUAGAGAGGGUUGUACUCUCUGCUUGUCAGAUUCUCCACAUGUCUGGGUGUAGUAUCCCUUACUCUCAUCUUUUCCCCUGUGCAAGGAUCUGCAGAGCUUCCUCCACAGCAUCUUGGCACAGGAGGUGGCAGGAUGGUGAAGGGGUGGCACAUUUUCUACUGUGACACCCUGGGUAGAUCCAGGAAUGUAGGGUUUCUCUUGCAGGUGCAGAUCUAUGGAUCACUAUCUGCUCCAAUAAAAACAGACAAAACUAAUUUAUCCUUAUAGUAUGUCCUUUGUCUGUCCAAUGAAACUGCUGAAGACUUGAAGCUUCAUUACAUUAUAACUUAAUCUUUCCAUAAAAAAUGGAAAAGUGUAACUAAGAAAGAAGAGAGCAUACUAGAUUUCCAAAGGAAAAGUAGUAGAUGGUGGUUCUUAACUCAAAGAAUAUUUUUAAAUAAAAAAGAUUGUGUGUGUGUAGCUUCUUUUAUCCAACACCAUAGCACUAUCAAAGGAUAACAGGAACUGGAAGUUAUAUGGUGCAGAAUAACUUGAUUGUGAGGAGAUGUAAAUAAUCUAUGACCAUUGUAAAAUAACCAGGCUUCGGUUAUUGGUGAUUAAGAUGGUAGAUGUGUGUUUUGAAAAAUGCAAACUUUCACCUGAUUGCUAUGUUUGUUAUCAAGGAAACUGCUGUAAAGCUAAUUAAACAUGUAUUGUAUAAAAAUGGUGUAACUGUAUUUCAGUGUAGAAUUUCUGAUCCUUGACUUAUGCAGAGACUCCUGAGAAAAAACUGUAUCUGGUAUCAGAUUUUCCCCCUCCAUUUGAAAGAAGCUUAUCUUCAUUCUCAUCUGAUAUUGGGGCAUAACUUCGAGGGGCUGAGCAUCUGUAGUUCUCACUGACUUCAGCUGAAGUUGUGAGUUUAACAGGCUAUAAGUGUGCACCUUCAUGUGGCAAUUUUGAGCAUUCUCAAUAUCUGCUGAAGUUGUCAACAUUCAAAGGGGAUUUACAAAUAUAAUACUGUCUAGACAAAGAGCUUUGAGUGUCUGAGAGUAGCCAAGGAGCUCUGGUACUAUUUUGCUGUGUAAGAAAUAUUUACUAUGAACUGUUGUAAUCAUUUCAGUGAAUGAUAUGGCCUGGGCUGCACUAUACGACUCGCAAUACUCCCGUAUUUUGAAUGUAGUUUAGUCAGUUCUCUAAAUGCUGUACUGUCUCUAAAUGUAAGAAUGCCAUAUAGUAUCAAUUGCAUGCAUGAAUUCAAGAGCCAGCUCAAUUCUGUGCAACUAAAUAGUAAAACAUGUACCAUAAUUUUA